AUAUUUGUUUGCUUUUCGCUUUCGUUCUCGAGGAGGUCGAGAGAGAGGUCGAGAUUUAGAUUGGUUGACGACGCAUUUCUGCGCGCGCGCUCUCGCUCUCUCUCUCUCCCCCCCUUGGCCUUGGAAAGUUUCUCCGCCUUUGAUUGUCAACGCGUCUCCUCUAAGGAUUUCUCUUUGAGCUGAAGAUUCUCGAGCUCUGCUGGACGAUCCGGAUCGAUAAUCAUGGCUAGUGCCGGAAACAAGAGCAUUAACGCGAAAUUGGUGUUACUUGGAGAUGUCGGGGCUGGGAAAUCGAGUCUCGUGCUGCGGUUUGUUAAAGAUCAGUUUGUUGAAUUCCAGGAAUCAACCAUAGGUGCUGCUUUUUUCUCUCAAACAUUAGCUGUGAAUGAUGCGACUGUAAAGUUUGAGAUAUGGGAUACAGCUGGUCAGGAACGAUACCAUAGCUUGGCUCCAAUGUACUACAGGGGUGCAGCUGCUGCAGUUAUUGUCUUUGACAUUACAAAUCAAGCAUCGUUUGAGAGGGCAAAGAAAUGGGUCCAGGAACUGCAGGCACAAGGCAACCCAAAUAUGGUUAUGGCCCUUGCUGGGAACAAAUCUGAUCUGUUAGAUGCAAGGAAGGUUUCUGUAGAAGAAGCAGAGACGUAUGCUCAGGAGAACGGCCUCUUCUUCAUGGAAACAUCAGCAAAGACUGCGACUAACGUCAAAGACAUAUUCUACGAAAUCGCAAGGAGACUACCUCGGGUGCAGCCAGCACAAAACCCAACGGGAAUGGUUCUCUCAGACAGGCCUGCGGAAAGGGCAGUGAGUUCAUCCUGUUGUGCCUAGAUAUGUUUACACACACCCGUUUGGAUGCCUCUCCUACGCUUCCUGGAACCACUGGCUUCAUAAUAUAUAAAUAUAAAACGGUCAAAGUAGACAUCAAGACCUCUGUUUGCAUAUCUUGGUUUUCUGCUUUUGCUUGUGUACAUGACAAACUGCCUUGCCAAUGUGAAAGAUACUUGUGUGGCAGAUUUAUUCGCUUUUGUAAUUAUAUCCUAUGAUGACUAGUGUGUGCGAAUCUGUCCUUUUGCUGUUCUGAAAAUAAAAAAACGUUUCUCCAA